ACGCCUCCCAACCCCAUCUUGACUUCGACCACGCAUAUUCCUUGUACACGCUCGUCUUUGAAACUAUUCGAUGAUUGCAUACGACCCGAGCCACGCCUCCACAGCGAUCUACUCGCGAGAUGCCGCAUCUUCACUUACGCCUAACGAGACGCAGCGGAAUACGUUGAUUGUUGCGGGGUGUUAUAUCAUCGCGAUCGCGAUUCUUUGGCAUGUUCCGUACUUGAAUUUCAUCAUCUACCCCUUCAAGCUGCUCACGGUCGGUUUCCAUGAAAUGAGCCAUGCCUUCAUGGGCGUCCUCACAUGUGCCCACAUACACUCCAUAGAACUGGAUCCGGACGAAGGCGGCGCCACACGCAUGUCGGGUGGUAUACCCUGGCUGACACUACCCGCUGGCUAUCUGGGCUCAUCCUUGAUCGGUGCAAUCCUCGUCGCCUGCGGCUUUGAUACGAACGCCUCGAAAAUAGCCAGCUUAGUGGUCGCCGUAUUCUUCUUGUUUACUCUAUGGUGGGCGAGGCGGAAUUGGCUGACAUGGGUUCUGAUCCUGGGUAUGAGCGGCCUGAUCGUGCUCUUCUGGUUCGUGGGAGGUGGUGUGGCGCUCAGAUACUUGAUCCUCUUCAUCGGCGUCAUGUCGUGCCUCUAUGUUCUCUGGGACGUGAUUGAUGAUACCAUCGCCCGCAAGGUCAACACGUCCGAUGCCUCAGCAUUCGCUGAGAUCUGUGGCUGCUGUCCGUCGCAAGUCUGGGGUGUCAUUUGGCUCGUCAUCGCCUUUGUCUUCUUCGCAUGCGGCAUCCUCGUCGGACUUGCAGCUUUCAAGGAAUCUGCGGAACAGCAAGCGCAAGAUUCAAAAGAUUUCCUACCCGUACCGGGAUCCGGAGCCCUCGCCACGACACCAUCCUUCGCCCUGCUCGCCCUCGUCGGGAUUCCAUUCCUUGCAUUACUGUAAUCCGUGAUAUCCUGUGCGACGUGUACUUCUAUACCUAUCUCUUCACAUUCUGUAUCAUUUGUUCAACCCUACUUUCUUGUGUUUUUCCUCCUUGGUUUUCACGUACUUACUACUUACCCUACCGUGUCGUUGUUUCGUCACGGUGUAGCAUGGGGGAUUACGAAAACGUGUUGUUGGACUAUGUCGGUUGAUACCUAAGUAAUGACCCCUUUAUCACUACUAAU